UGGUUGCACAUAAAUGACGUCAUUUGUAUCUACUAAAUCUAUUACACAAAAAAAGUAAAUAAUAAGUACAUACUUGACUAUUUUUAUUUAUUUAUUUUUUUUAUUUUGUUACUUAGAGAUAUUAUCUGACGUUUGGCCAUUGUGAUUUUGGAAAAUUUUAAAAAUGUUUGAGUGGGCAUACAGUGGUGUCAAUGCAUCCAUACCUCGUAAUCAGGGUCCAGAGUGUACAUAUUUCAUAUCAAUUGAAUAUAGAAUAAUUGAAACACUUAUUGUGUCAAUAUUAAAUAUUUAUUUAUUCAUAUAUGGAUUUAAAAAUAUAACCUACCAAAAUAAUAUUAAAUAUGUUAAUCAAGAUAGAAGUGGUAAAAAAAUUUUACUUGUUAUUAUGUCAAUGAUAUUUGGUAUGGAAUUAGGAUUUAAAUUUUCAAGUAAAACUGUUGUAUAUAUAUUAAAUCCAUGUCACAUAACAACUUUAAUUCAGUUGUAUUUACUUGCUGCUAAACCAAGUAAAUUAGUAACAGCAUUAUUUAGAAUACAACUUAAUUUUAUGAAUGGACCAUUAUUGGCAUUUGUAUUUCCAGAAACAGAAUCACGAAUUAUAUUUGCUGAUAAAUCAAUGUAUUAUUUACAACAUGGUAUGAUGGUUGUAAUACCACUUUAUUUAAUGCGACUUGGUGGUGUUUAUAAUGUUGAACCAUUAAAUGAUUGGAGCUGGAGUAUUUUAGCUUUUGCAUUUAAUAUGGGUUAUCAUUUUUGGAUUUUACAACCUCUUGCUUUUCCAAUCCAAACAAAUCUUAGUCACAUGCUUUGUCCAGCAAUGUUGGAUCCUUUUGGAAAUAAAUAUUAUCGUUUAUCAUCAAUCAUUCAUCAAGGUAUACUUUGUCCACUUUUAGCUAAAUUAAUGUACAUGGGAGGUAAUUUUAUGUUUACAAAAUUUUCACCAACAAAAGUUAAAUCCACAUUGAAUGAAACAAUUCAUCAUGAUUUUCCAACAAGUGAUAAAUGUAAUGGUAGUGCUCAUGUUGAUUAAUUAUUCAAAAGAAAAUAUAACUAAUUAAAUUACUAGCUGGGUUUUAAUAAUGAAAAAAAUUGUAAAAAUUAAACAAGAUAUUUUGAAAAUUAUUUUCAAACUUGUUUAUUAUUUUUUUUUUUUUUUGUUAACUAUUUAUUAAUGAAUUUUGUAUUUCGAAAAAACAAAAAUUAACGAACGAAUAGCUUUGAAUUUAUCAAUGAUAUAUUUAGACAAUGGGGAAGGGUAGUUAAAUGAAAUAUUUUUAAAAGAACAAAAUUGUUACUAGUCGUGAAAUAAUAUAUUUUAAAUAAGCAUAAAGAAAAAAAUAAUGACUCAAAUUUAAAUCCAUGACGUUCCAGUUUGAUUUAAACAAAUUGUAAUAUUAAUAAUUUUUAAAUUUUUAAAAUAUUUUUAAUUAAAUUAAACACACAUACUAUGUCUUCUUGCUGAGAAUUUUAUCUUUAUUUUGCUGAUAGCUUUUUUAAAAUAUAACAUUAUUUUUAAUUGAUUUAUUUUUUUAUUAAAUCAGCUUUAUAGUUAUUAUUAUACAAUGCAUAAUAAAGAAUUGAACAAAACUCCAAGUGUAAUUGUAAGUUUUUAAUAUUGACAAGAAAUUAAUUAAAAAACAAAAUAAUAAAUUAUUUAAUUAUGCUUAUAUUCAAUAAAAGUUUAAUUGUUUAAUAACCAUUUUAUAAUUCAUAAAGAUGUAUAAAGAUAUUUAUAAAAAUUCCAUGAAAUAUAAUGAUUUCGUUGUUUUUUCAUUUGAA